UAUAUAUGUGAAGACGAGAAAGAGAGAGAGACCGACAAAUGGGGCCCCGCGAUUGAAAAGAAAAACCGGCGGUGUGAAAUACGAUCGCUCUCAGUUAGUUGCAGCUUCUCGCCACUAGAUGUCGUUCAGACUAGGAGAGAGGGGGGAGAUUGAAAAUAAGUGAAAAAGUAAAAAAUAAAAUAAAAAAAAAGAAAUAGUUGGUUUCAUUCAUAAAAAAAGACUGUGAAGGGAGGAGGAGCUUAUUGUGAACAUAGCUAUACAGUGUUAGUCUCAUGGCAACGGCCAAGCAAAUGCUAGUACACCAAACGUCAACCCCCCAGCGUGUGCCCUCUCAGUUCCAGCAGAGUGAACACACCACAGCAGAAGAUCAAAACCAAAUUUCACUCUUGCCAGAGUGGACGUGCACUUGAACUCGCUCAUCAUCAUCUCUCGACACACAUGUGGACACUUCGAUUAUUGUUUUCGUGCAUACUUUUUGUUCGUUUCUGUGAUUCUGUUUUUGGUUUCCUUCGACUUGAUUGUCGAACACAACUUAAUUAAUUAGUUUUACGGAUGACGACAAUGGAACUGGAAGCGUCGCUCUAUCCUCUAGCCUCCGACAACAUAAGCAGCAUCAUGAGCCACAGCGCUAAAAGCCACCACGAGAAUGUCGGGACCCGCCGACGUAAGAUAACGUUCGCCAUGGAGGUGCGGGUGAAGCAAGAGUCGCAGGACGAAGCGCUCGUCCCGCUCUGCGGCAAAUCCACCAACGGCACCAACGGCAACAGCAGUAGCAGCAGCAACAACAACAACAACAACAGUCAUUCCGUCAACGGAUCGGGCGGCAAUAAUCCUCAACCCGGACCCAUGCAGAAAGUGCCAUCCCUCUCCGAUCUCUCAGAUCCGGAAAGUUCACUAGAUAUACCGGCCCAGGUGCCACCGCUAACGCCGGGUACCAACAAGAAGAUGACAGAGGCCCUUAAAGCCUCGUUCGCUUCGUGGGAGAAGGAACAGGAGCGUCUGGGCAUCCCCAAAGAUCCGCGACUGUGGUCAGAGAGCGACGUCUCGCGCUGGCUCAACUGGGCCAUCAAAGAGUUCUCGCUGGAAGGUGUGGUGCUGCAGCACUUUCGCAUGCGAGGCCGCGACAUGUGCGCCAUGGGCAAGGAGAACUUUCUGGCCCGAACGCCUCCCUUCAUGGGCGACAUCCUCUGGGAGCAUCUAGAGAUCCUUCAAAAAGACGUGGAACGUGCAGCGCUGGGCAGUGUGCCGGCCAAUUUUUACGAAUCCAUUUGCGUGCCAGUGCCGGAUCUGAGAGACUUUCUGGCCGGCAGUAGUGCCAACAACAACAGCGGCAAUAGCAACAACAAUAACAACAACAGCAACAGUAACAGCAUCGGGGGAGGAGGCGGCGACGGAGGCGGAUUCUCUCCACCACCUCCGCCUCCGCUGGCCGCCGUCUCGUCGUCCGGCUCCAAUUCAGCCUCCAACGCCUCGACUCCGGCCGGAUCUUCUUCUUCGAAUACGACGUCGCAUCCGCCGUCCGCUCAGCCGCAGGUGUCGAGCGGAUCGCCGCCCCUCUCCAUUCAACCCGUGUCCCCGCCCACGCCGCCCACUCCGCCGACGCUCAAAAUGAUGACAUCCGCCGCCACCCUUUCUCAGCAGCAGCAACAACAACAACAACAACUCAACAACGUGCUGUCUUCGAUGAAUCCAUCGCGGCUGGCCGUGUCAUCCUCAUCCAACGGUGUCACCUCCUAUCUCGAAGGAGGGUACAGCUCGUUGGGCGACCCGAUGCAGACCGGAAUGGGAGAAAUGGUGCCCGGUUCCGGUUCGUCGGCUGUGGUCCAGCAACACCAUCCGCACCAGCAACAACACCAAGAAGUUGUCGACUCGCCUUUCGGAGUCGGCGUGGCGUUCGGUGACGGAGAAGCCGACUAUCAAAAUUUGGACUCGGUGACCAACGCUGGACACCACCACCAACACCAGCAGCAACAACAACAACAACAGCACCACCACCUCCACCACCACCAUCAGCAGCACCAGCAACAGCACCAUCAGCAGCAGCAGCAACAACACCACCAGCAGCAGCAACAGCAGCAGCAUCAUUUCCUGCCUCAUCCCGACUUGGCGUCCGAUUUCUACCCGCAACCGGCCCACAACAACCAGACGCAACAGCAGCAACAACAGCAGCAACAGCCCUACAGCGGCAACAUGAAGCAACAGCCGUACGGACGAGGACGGUAUCCUGGUCAUGAUGGAGGUUACGUUUCUGAUCCUUACGGAGCCACUACGCCCGGUGGAGGACAUCCAGCGUACGGCGAACACAGCCCGUUUCAAACAGUACCUAACCUUGGCGGAGGAGGCGGUCCCAAUGAUCCUUGGGUACCACCCGGUGACCUCGGUGGUCACCACAAUGGAAUGCAAGCUCAGCACCAUCCGGCGGCUUACAUGAACAACCACGGCGGAAUGGGUCCCCAAAGAGGUGGCAAUGAUCCAGUCCUUGGCGGACACAUGCACCAACUCAGCAGUCACAGCCCGACCAUGGGCUCACCGGAAUCCAAGCCAGUCAUUCAAGCUUCGAUGCUGGCCGCCUACCAAGGUGGACCGCCAGGCAGCGGACCUUGUUUCACGGGAUCGGGACCGAUCCAGUUGUGGCAGUUUCUACUCGAGUUGUUGACGGACAAGUCGUGCCAGAGCUUUAUUUCGUGGACGGGCGAUGGCUGGGAGUUCAAGCUGUCUGAUCCGGACGAGGUGGCUCGCCGCUGGGGCAUCCGCAAGAACAAGCCCAAAAUGAACUACGAGAAGUUGUCACGCGGUCUGCGCUACUACUACGACAAAAACAUCAUCCACAAAACGGCGGGCAAACGAUACGUUUACCGUUUUGUUUGCGAUCUUCAAAAUCUUUUAGGGUACACAGCGGAGGAACUGCACGCCAUGGUCGAUCUCAAACCGGACAAGAAAGAUGACGAGUGAAUUUCAAAUCCCCUUCUCACCUCACCUGAGAUUACACACACACAAACACCAAAUGCUAACUUCAUCAAACAAUGCGGCAUUGAUAUGAUCGUUUCAACCCAGUUUAUAUAGUGACGUCUCUUUUUAGAUUGACAAACCGUCAAACAAAAACAAGAAAAAAAAAACAUUGAAAAACUUUUUAGUUGACGGCUAUGUGAAUUUUGCAUUAUGCCAAAGCCAAUCUUUUGAUUUCUUUCUCUCUCUCACUUGAUUAUUUUUUUUCUCUUCUUAAACUCUUUCUCAAGUUUCGAUUGAACUUCGCGAUCCUUCAUUUAUAUAUAUUAUAUAUAUAUAUAGCAAAUCCCUGAAAAAAAAAUGUUUAUAUUGUUUGCGGUCCAUUCACCACCGAGUGCCUUGGUGUCGUUUAUUUUUCUCGAAAUUCUUUCCCCCCUCUACUCUGCGUGUCCGUCUCUGUGUCCGCGCUGUCAUUUGCUGAUCCAUGUGAAGCUGGGCAAAGAGGCAUCCAGAUACCAAAAUGCUGGUAUCGAAAUCCAUUUCGUGUGUCUCGUAAAUCCCCGUUUCAAAAACAAACAAACAAACACAAAAAAAAGUACCCGAGUUCAGUGGCCAAUCGAUUGCCAAAACCAAAUUCGACCGGAGUUAAUUCAAUCGGAUGAUUCUCGUUUUCUUUCUUCUACUUUUUUAUUAAUUCCAAAAAGUCGCCAAAAAUACCAUUUUUGAGAGGGGACAAUCAAUUCUGAUGGAAAUUCGUUUAUUUUUCUGUUUAUUAUUCCUUUUUUUUUUUCUCUUUCGGUCGAGUAGGAAAACAAUCGUGUUGGCUUCACCAGAUGGCGCAAACACUAAUGUCUUUCGAAUCGCUGUACCUCACACACCUGAUGAUUGUUUUUGUUUUUAUUUUUCUAAGAAAAAACAAAUGAAGACACUUUGUUCACAACAAAAUCUUUUGGAGGGAUAAAAACGAAAGAGGGAUAACGGCGUGUGUUAAAUUUUUUUUUUAAUUAUCAUUAUUAUUCGUUUUACAAUUUUCCCGUGAACCAACCAUUUUUAAAAUGCUUUUUUUUUUUCGUACUUUAAAUGUAUAAACUCUUAUAUUUGUCGUGUUCUUUUUUUUUCCAAAUUUCAAUAACAAGUGCCUUUUUUUUCUCUUUUUUUGUUGUUGUUGGCGACAUUGUCGAAGUUUUCUGUUGUUUCCGGAUCGUGGGCGUGUCGAAAGAUUAGACACACGCAUGUAGUGAAAUGUGAAAAAAAAAAUGAUUUUUGGACAAACAAAUGAAUGGAACUGUCUUAGCAUAAUGGAAAAUCGUGUAUAAUGUACAGAUUUUGAUCAUGACGGUCUAUCGAGCUUCCGCCGCGAUUUGACAUGUGAACGUUUUCUCUUUUUUUUAUUUUUUUUUUAAUUAUAAAAAUAAGCCCUAUGUCAUUUCUCGACAGAAACAUUUGCUAUAUCGUGUGCGGAUCAUAAUAAUAUGUAUAACCAACAUUUUUGCUACCAUCUCUCUUAUUUGCAUUUCUUACGCUCUUUAUUUUCUCUCUAUCCUCCAUAUUAUUGUUGUUCUCACCCAAUCCCAAUCUCCCCCUAAAACAAAAACUAUCCGAAUACAUGUUUUUUGGACUCGA